GCGGGCCUGGGUGUGGCCGGCGGCUCUCGGCGGCGCUGGUCUCGGCGGUGCUCUGCGCUCUGCUCGCCGGCUCCGCGCACGGGGGGCUGCCGAGCGCCCCGCGGACCCAGGCAGCGGCGGGUCGACGGGGACCCGAACUCCCUCCAGUUGCUUUCACUUGUUAAUUUCUGAGGUAAACAAGUUAAAGGAUGAGUGAACUGGAACAGUUGAGGCAGGAAGCUGAACAACUUCGGAAUCAGAUCCAGGAUGCCAGGAAAGCAUGUAAUGAUGCAACACUUAUUCAGAUCACAUCCAAUAUGGAUUCCGUGGGUCGAAUACAGAUGCGAACAAGACGUACGCUGAGGGGUCACCUGGCUAAAAUCUAUGCGAUGCAUUGGGGAUAUGAUUCAAGGUUACUAGUCAGUGCUUCUCAGGAUGGAAAUUUAAUUAUUUGGGAUAGCUACACAACAAAUAAGUUGCAUGCUAUUCCUCUGAGGUCGUCCUGGGUGAUGACCUGUGCCUAUGCCCCCUCUGGUAAUUAUGUUGCAUGUGGAGGACUGGACAACAUCUGCUCUAUAUAUAACUUAAAAACCAGAGAGGGAAACGUGAGAGUGAGCCGAGAGUUACCAGGUCACACAGGCUACUUGUCCUGCUGUCGAUUUUUAGAUGACAGCCAAAUUGUCACAAGUUCAGGAGAUACAACUUGUGCUUUAUGGGACAUCGAAACUGCCCAGCAGACCACCACAUUCACUGGGCAUUCUGGAGAUGUGAUGAGUCUUUCUCUGAGUCCUGACAUGAGGACUUUUGUUUCUGGUGCUUGUGAUGCCUCUUCAAAAUUAUGGGAUAUUCGAGAUGGAAUGUGUAGACAGUCUUUCACUGGACACGUGUCAGAUAUUAAUGCUGUCAGUUUUUUCCCAAACGGAUAUGCCUUUGCCACUGGCUCUGAUGAUGCCACUUGCCGGCUUUUUGACCUCCGUGCCGACCAAGAACUACUGCUCUAUUCUCAUGACAAUAUUAUCUGUGGAAUCACCUCUGUAGCUUUCUCGAAAAGUGGGCGCCUCCUGUUAGCUGGUUAUGAUGACUUCAAUUGUAACGUAUGGGACACGCUGAAAGGAGACCGUGCAGGUGUUCUUGCUGGUCACGAUAACCGGGUCAGCUGUUUAGGUGUAACAGAUGAUGGCAUGGCUGUGGCAACAGGCUCUUGGGACAGUUUUCUGAGAAUCUGGAAUUAACAGUGCAUGCAAGUUUUUCUGUUCUCCAUUGCUUAUCUGGAGAAAUCAGUGCUACAGCCUAGAGCUGUGAGAAGAAAAUCCUACCUUAUAUUUGCAGGUGAAGAUUUUUCUAGAGAUUAUUAUAUACAAAAAGAAGCUUUCAGUAAACUACAAAACAAAAAAAGUGGGAAAAAAAAACAAAAACAAGGCAAGGGUGCUUGCUGACAUCAAAAGGACCAGUGCAUUAAUUUGAGUUGAGCUAAUUUAACCUUGAUGAAUUUUCACUUGUACUCAGAUUAUUUUCUUUGUGUAGGACAGAAUGUACACAUUAUAGCAGUCUAUCAUGUUUGUGUUUGCAUUUUUUAAGAACUACAUUUUUAACUUUCUAUAUAUAAGAAAUAUCACGUUUUUGAGUUCUGUAAUGGAGGAAUAGAUGGAAGUGAUUCCAGAUGUAUGUGUAGUUAUAUUUGAAGAAAGUCUUCUUGAAGUCUGACCUUUUUAAUCUAAAAGAGAUCUGGUUGCCUAAUGUUUAAGUAUACUAGCAGGCUCAGGUACCUCUGAGGGGAGACCCUGUUGAGGAUCAGUAGUUUCUGGGGCAUCCGUGGCCAUCCUAUGAAUUUAAAUAAGUGCUCAUUUUCGGUUCAUGAAGGGGGAGAUAAUCUGAAGGCCAGGGAAUCAAGAUUUCAUUCUGAAACAUUAGACAUAUAUAAGAAACUCCUACAUUAAGUUAGCAGUAAUGGCAUAAAAAUCGUUCUUGACAUAGAAAAAAUGUGGUUAUAAUCAAAUGACACUUUCAGUAGCUCUCCAACUCAUUGGGCUUGCUUUCCUAAGGAUUGAUGCUCUAGAACAGAGUUUGUAGAGUACUCAUUUCAGAUUGAUGAACAAUUGGGCUGUCCUUGAAUCUUUUCCCCAGUGUACUCCAUUGACCUACAUGUAGAUAGGAAAUUAAUGUGAUGACGUUGUUGAAGUAGUGCAAGACCUAAUCAGUCAUUAGACUUGAUUAGUUCUAAUUGUGUAACAAAGCGGCUUUAUGAAUUUAUGUUCAGAUAAUAUAAAAUCUGAAUUGAUAUAAGUUUCUGUGACUUAAAUUUAAAAGAAAUAUUAAAGCUUUUUGCUCUCCUGUA